UUUUUGUCUCACUUCAGAUUAAAAAUAACUUUUUAAAACUUUAAAAGUUUAAUUCAGGAUCAGACACACGCUGAUCUGAUCAUGAAAUAUAUAAAAACUCUUUAAUAAAUAAAAAUUUCAUUUUUACAGAAUUCUUGUUAACAUUGAGUAUUUCUGACGUCUCAGUUUAAAAACAUUUGAUUCGUUCAGAUUCAGCUGCAGAACUUCUUUGUUUUUACCUGUUUUAUAAAAACAUGAUUUAUUUUGCAGCUGCAGUCUCCUGACUGUCCACCAGAGGUCAGCCAUGAUUCACACCAACAGCAGCGAGCUGCAGUCCAUCCUGCUCGCUCUCCUGCAGCACUGCUUCAACAGCUCGGGCCUCCCCCCGCAGCCUCAGAACUCCACCUCCCAUCAUGCCCUGCAGGAGGCGGGGCCAGCCGGGGCCCGGGCAGAGCCUCAGGGGGUCCUGUACGUCCUGCUGGUGGUGGGCAUGUUCAGCUUCUUCACCUUCGGCAUCAUGUUCAGCUACAUCCGCUCCAAGAAGCUGGAGAGCUCCCAGGACCCGUACCAUCAGUACAUCGCCCACGACUGGACCGCCGCCGCGCCGCCGCCGCCGCCGCCGCCGUCCAGGGCCGUGGCUGAGGCCCUGCAGAGGGAGGCCCAGAACCUGGGGUCCGUGGUCAUCUGGAACCCCGCCGCCCUGCAGGACGGACAGUGACCCAAAACAACCAGAGGUUCUGGAGCAGAACCUGGUCCGGAUCAACGGUUCUUUGUGAACUCACUUCCAAUGAAAAUGUCUCCAGAACCGAUGAUCCGGACCACUUCAACAGGGUUCAGGAAAGUCUGGGUGACAGGAAGAGACCAGAAGCUGUAUGGAGUUACAUUUGUGCCACUAGUCUGAGCAGAGAAACAAUAACUACGUUUACAUGGACAUCAGUAAUCAGAUUAAACCAUUCAGAAUAAAAAUGCAUAAUUUAAACAACCCAUUCAGAUUAUUCUGACAAUCCAAGUUGUGUGUAAAUGAACCACAUCAGCAGCCAAUCACAUGGUUCAUCUCAUCCAAUCAAAGCUCUUAUUAUAAAUCUACUAAACCAAGAGGCAGAAGUGACAAAAUCUUAGACGCAUUAAACCAGCAAAAGAUAAUAUGUUUAAAUUUUGUAACAACAAUAGUUAGUUGAGCAUAAAAAUGUGGUCACUGUCAUUGUUUAUUUUAUAAAAUAUUUCUAAAACACAUUAAGAUUCACUACUUGUUGGUUUUGAUAUUAUUUGUAGAUAUUCAAAUUGUAUAAGCACUCUUGAUACAACAGAAUAUCAGCAUUGACGAGGGACUAAUAAAUUAAUUAUAAUAUCUACGAAUAAUAUCAAAACCAACAGUAAUUUAUCUUAAUGUAAUUAAAGAACCUGUGUCAUCAAAUUUUUUAUAAUAAACACGAAUGUGUUUUUGGAAAGAUAACAUUGAAAACAUGUUGCAAAACA